AUGGGGUUUGCCCGUUCGAGUCGCUCAAAAAGACCAUCGUCUCCAGAGCCACCACCAAAACCACCGCGCCCGCAAAAGUCCCAUCAGCGAGCGGACAAUGGACUAGGGGCACCGUACAACCAGGCCCAUCGUCCAUACACAUCGCCAGCAGGAGCGUUCUCGGUUGGCACAUUUCAUGCCUCACCGCCAGUGGGAUAUCAUCAAAAUAUGGCAAUGUCCAUGGCCCACCUACCACCUACUUCAGCUCCACCAAUGCAUCCAUUUCCAGCGUUGCCAGCAAAUAAUCUAGGCGCCGUCAACAGCCCUUCACGGCAACCUCAAAAACUCUCAAAAUGGAAGUCAUAUGCGAAUCUUAACCAGUCAAUGACCCAUCUUGUAUCGCAUACCGUGGAACGGACCAACGCAACGAUUCUAGAUCUUGAAAAUCUAGUGUACCAGAGCAUGGGUGGAGGUGCCAAUGUCAACGAAGCCACAUCCCGUCUGUUGGAUCAAGUCAUUACUUCAAUUGAUCUAGGGUCAUUUUGUGGCAGAGAAAGCGAACUCAUCGCUGCAUGCACUGUUCCGUUCCAGGCAAACGGAAAGAAAGGUCAUCGAUCAGAUCGAAAGGGAAAGAAACCUGCGGGUUCAGUGGACUAUUUCUCCAAGGUGUACCUUUAUGCCAACUCACGACUUCCGCCGCAUUUGACUCCGCUCAAAUUUUAUCCUCCGACAUAUCCUCUUCUCCAACUUGCAGCCAAGUACUCGCGCCAAGUCUACGAUAAACCUGCCGGUCAUGAGAAGCAUUCAUACGUGAACUCGGAUUGGCGCCAGGGCACCAAAGCUAUGGUUGUCAAAUCGCUUCCAAUCGACGACAUGAACACCAUUGUCUUCGCUAUACGUGGAACCCAAAGUUUCCUGGAUUGGGCUGUGAACGUCCACACAGCGCCGACCUCCCCUUCCGGGUUUCUGGAUGACCCAUCAAACUACUGUCAUUCUGGCUUUCUGUCUGUAGCACGGAAAAUGGUUGCACCCGUCGCGGCUCGGCUGCGGAGUCUUCUCGAAGAGGAUCCCAGUCGUAUGGCUUACUCGCUAGUGUUUACUGGCCACUCUGCAGGCGGCGCUGUUGCCAGUUUGCUUUAUCUACACCUCCUUUCCGAGUCUCCUGCUGUGCAGUCUGAGCUCAUCCAUCUUCGCGGCUGCUUUAAACGCAUCCACUGCAUCACAUUUGGCGCCCCGCCUAUCUCUCUCCGUCCACUGCAGGCACCCGCUUCCUACAAGCCCAAGUCCAUGUUCUUUGCUUUUAUCAAUGAAGGAGAUCCGGUGUCUCGUGCUGACAAGGGUUAUUUUCUCUCAUUGCUGGAUCUGUAUGUCACUCCGGCACCGGGGUCUCUACUAGCCUUGUACGACCGGAAAUAUACGACAGCACCCACUUAUUGGAGAAUUCCAUCGUCGACAUUAUCACUUGCGGGUAGGCUUGUUGUUCUUCGCUCGCGGGAUCAGUGGGGUGGUCGACCUAUGAUUCUCCCACCAACCAUCCCAGGCAGUCUUCCUGCACUCCCACCGGGGGAGAAUGUUGAUGCUUUUGGUCUCACAAAUGCCGCUCUGCGAGGCGUUGUUUUUGGUGAUCCGGUGAUGCAUUUCAUGGAUCUGUAUUCCCGGCGCAUCGAUGCCUUGUCCACAGCUGCCUUGGGUAAGCGAUCAUGA